AUGAGGAAUUCUGCCCUUACCUGCCUUAUCAUGUGGCUCUCGCUGAUGCCUGCCAUUGACACCAACUCCAGCCCUCAUCUCUCAGUUCAACAGACCUGGCUUGUUGUGAACCCCAAUACUGGAACCAUUGCCAAUUCCACCUCCUCCAGCACAUUCCCAAAAGGGGCAUGGUUCCCAGACCUAUAUGUAGAUCUUUAUGAUAUAGUGGGGGGAGAUUGGGACCCCUCUGAUCAGGCAUUCUUCCCGGGGUAUGGCUGUUUCUCUCUGGAGCGACGUCAUAGUACCAGAAAUCAGAGAUUUUAUGUCUGCCCUGGACAAGGUCGGUUCCAAGCCCAGUUAAAAAAAUGUGGAGGCCCGGGGGAUGGAUUCUGUGCUACCUGGGGAUGUGAAAGCUCCAGUCGCAUCUGGUGGUCUCCCCCCAUAAAAAAUGACCUCAUCAAGGUCGAGGCUUGGGAUCCGGACAUGUUGGGUACAGGCAAAUCAUUGGCCACUCCAGGGGGCCGAUGCAACAGACUGAAAAUUAUAUUCACACCUCAGGGUAAGAUUGUUGACUGGACACAGGGCUUCACUUGGGGACUCUGCCUGUACCAAACAGACUAUGACCCAGCCACAACCUUUACCAUUCGACUCCAAGUCGAAACGGUGUCUGCCGUUCUGAUUGGACCGAAUCCUGUAUUGCCCUCUCAAAAGACACCUUCUAAGACACACCCCACACCAUGUCCCACCUUUAAUCAGUCCCCUAAUUAUGCCAUCAUCAGGGCACCCAGCCCAAAUACGGGUCCCAACACCACUCGAUCCCCUUCCCCUCUUGGAACAGGGGAUAGAUUGCUUGAGUUGGUCCAGGGAGCCCAACUGGCCCUAAAUGCCACAAAUCCAAACAAAACCUUGGGUUGCUGGCUCUGCCUUACCUCCAGUCCCCCUUAUUAUGAAGGGAUCAACCUUCAGUCUGCUGCCAGUAACCUAACUUCCCCGAGCAAUCGGUGUCAAACUAGGCCCCACAAAUUGACACUCACUGAGGUCACUGGACAAGGUUCCUGUUUAGGCAAGGUCCCACCAACCCAUAGCCACCUUUGCAACCAAACUCUGUCACUCUAUAAAGGGAGCUAUUAUCUCAAGGCACCCGAUGGGUCCUACUGGGCCUGCAACACAGGAUUGACCCCUUGCGUGUCUGCUCAGAUAUUUAAUGAUUCUCAUGAAUUUUGUGUGAUGGUCCAGCUAUGGCCUCAUGUCACCUAUCAUGAAGAGAGUACAGUAAUGGAGUCCUUUGAACAAAGGGGCAGAUACACUUGAGAACCUGUGUCUAUGACUAUAGCCCUCUUGUUAGGUAUUGGAGGCAUUGCUUCAGGAAUUGGUACAGGGACUACUGCCCUUGUACAGAACAACCACCUUAUGCAGCUACAAAUGGCUAUGACUACCAAUCUAGAAGCCAUAGAGAAAUCUAUUUCUGCUCUUGAGAAGUCCUUGACCUCGCUCUCAGAAGUUGUGCUACAGAAUAGAAGAAGUCUAGAUUUGCUUUUCUUAAAGGAGGGAGGCUUUUGCGCAGCCUUAAAGGAAGAAUGCUGCUUUUAUGCUGAUCACACUGGAAUAGUUAGAGAAUCUAUGGAAAAAUUAAGAGAAAGAUUGGCCCAAAGAAAGCGUGACUUUGAGAAUCAACACAACUGGUUUGAGGGCUGGUUGAAAGGAUCCCCUUGGCUUCCUACCCUGAUUCCCACCCCUGGCCCCCUGAUCAUUUUCCUUCUCCUCCUCACCUUUGGUCCUUGGGCUUUUCAACAGUUAACGCAAUUCAUAAAAAAUCAGAUCGAUUCAGCUAUAUCAAAAACCGUCUCAGUACACUAUCAUUGUUUAGAGACUCCAGAUCAAACUAUCAGAACAGGUGAAAGGCUAAGGUUCAGCACCCUACAAACCUAA